UCGCGCGACUACAACAUUCGCUCUGUGCCGCAUUGGAAGACUCACGUUACUUGUUUGUUUUUCAAUUUUGUAAACGCUGUCUUUUACACGUCUAUAAUUUGCUAAAUACUUUUGGUUUUUUAUUCAAAAUACCUGUUGCGCGCGCAUAUAUCGUCGACUAGUAAAAUUUCUUUGUUCUGUUGAAAAUAUUUAAGUCGGGUGUAUUUAAAUACAAGACAAUGGAAGACCUAGUGCAAUUCAAGGUGUUCACUUACUGGUCUCAAGAUAGCCCCCCAGAGGUGCGCCGUUUUGGGAUCGAGAAGAGUGUGGUAACCAGUUUCCACUACUUGAACGCCAAGCUGCAAGAUGUCUUCCCAGGACUUAAGGGGAAGGCAUACACUGUUAUGUGGAAAGACGAGGAUGGUGAUGAAGUGUCCAUUUCAUCCGAUGAUGAGAUGAUGAUUGCACUAUCUUCUCUCCAAGGCCACAUUUACAAGCUGACUGUGAAACCCAAGAUCCAAGAUGGAGGCGACAAGGAUGUUGACAUCACAAUUGCAUUUCCGGAGGUCUGUGGAGGUCUCUCAGGCCCCUCCACAACUCACCACAUCGGCGUGGUUUGCGACAACUGCGAAGCCCCAGUAUCCGGCUACCGCUACAAAUGUACCGUGUGUGCUGACUAUGACCUGUGCUCCAGAUGCGAGUCUGCUGGGAACCAUCCGGAGCACUGCAUGGUUCGCGUGCCCGCUCCAACCAUGCCGCGCGCCAUGAUCCGAGCGGCGAUCAAGCGCUCCCGCCAUUUCCUAAAGACCGUGGCCACCAACGCUGAAGAGGACUGCCACAAGCGCCACCGCCGCGACCGAAGCGCCGAGAAGAAACAGCACCGCGAGCACCGCGACCGCCGCAACCGGCCCAGCUGGCUCGACACCUUCGCCACCUACAUGAACGAGUUCGCCAACCUCGCUGGCGACAUCGACCAUGACUUGAAGGACUCCUUGAACAAGGAUAACAAGGAUGAAAAGACGCCGCCGAAUACGGCCGAGCCGCAGCCGGGUACUUCGCAGGCUCAGUUCCCUUUCAAGCCGAUGGGAUGCCCGUUCAAACCACCCACUGAAGCUAAGCCAGCCACAGAAUCCGCCACACCUAAACCAACUGGCUGCCCCUUCAAGCCGUCUACCACCGCAACACCAAACCCUGAAAUACCCCUCAACCUCCCAUUUGGCCUGGACCUGAACGUUCUCCAGACUCUUCUCCAAACCCACUUGGCCAACCUAGUGCCCCGUGACGAGUCACAAGAUAAGAAGACAACCGAUGAUGCUGAAAGCGUCAAGUCUGACAAAACUUCUGACAAAUCUGACAGAGCCAGUGUGAAAUCCAAUGAGUCUGUGAUCUCUAAUGAUGUUAAGAGGGAGCCGUCUUUGGACAAAGCUGAUGACUGGAUGAUGGUCAACCAGGACAAGGAUCUGAUGGAUGUGGCUUAUGUAAACGAAAAACCAUCUGCCCCGGAACAGACCCCCGUUGGGUUCAACCUGCCUGAAGAAUUCCAGCAACGCGUCAACAUCUCUUCUGGCAAUUUGUACCCGCCUCUCAAUAUAGCCACUGCAGUGUUGAAUCCUAAAGAAGCCGCGGUGCCCAAGAGCCAGCCCGCCGCCGCCCCGGCCCCCGCCGCCGCCUCCGCUUCCGCCGCCGCUGCCGCUUCUGCGCCCGCGCAGGCCCCCAAGCCGCAACCACAACAGCGUCAUCCUUCUCCUCACAUCGAAGCCGCAAUCCAGCAGAUGCUGUCCAUGGGCUUCACAAACGACGGAGGCUGGCUCACUCAACUGCUCGAAAGCAAGGAUGGCAACAUUGCCGCCGUACUUGACCUGCUGACCCCUGUCAACCCUAAGAAGAAGUAAAGCGGUUAUGUUGGCACUUCCUUAGUUCUGUAGAAAUGUGUAGAAACACUGAACCUGUCAACAAGAGCAACCUACCACCAUUGAAAAGGCUACACAAUGAUGGUUAUAUUCUAAUGCAAUUAACUCUAGAAAAUGUAUCGUAUGUACAGUCAGCAAACUAGUGCCAAAAUAUGAAUACACGACAAUAAAGUUUUUUAUACAUAUUUUUGACACUUUGGCUGUAUUCAUAGCUUUAUUGCCGACUGUACUGAUGAAAUUGAAUACUGUGUCUAAAUAUCAGCAGCCAGGACUUGGGAAGUGCCAAAAGGAAAUUAACGGCGCAACAGUAAGGCCACCUAUAUUUUCAAUAUAAUAAUUUUCUCUGUAUCAUGAUUAUAACGAGAUAAAUAGCAUUUUAAGUAAAAAGCAGUAACACAUCUUGAUGUUUGAAGUUACAGGUAAUUGUUUUAAUUAUAAAUAAAUAGAGCGUACUUGACGUAUAUAGAUACGUUUCAUGCAAUUAUUCAAUAAAAUGUCGUGCAAUUAUAAUUCCAUAAUGAAUAUGAAUAUUUAUAUACACUAAUAUCAUAUUAUUCUUCUUGUCUAAGUUUAUCUCUAUGUUAUUAUCGUGGAAAAAUAUUUCACUGUAUUUAUUAGAUUUAUUAUUUUUAAUUUUACUUAAUUAUGGUAAGAGUAUAAGUUACUCUUUUUUUUUUAAUAUGAUUAUAUACUGAAUUUAAUGUUAUUUGAUAUUCCCUCAAUUCAAUUUUCUCUUUGAUGUUCAUGUCUCUGGUAAUAAUUGGUGUGUCAACA